GAGCAGACAUGGCGGAACACUGGAGAUCCGGGUGACUCUUUCAAGAGCAACCCUGCUACCGCGAUAAAACUCCGUUGUACCAAGUAAGGUAGGGGGAAAUAUCGCUGAAGCUGGCAGCUUUGUACGGAGCUCUGUUCCUCCCGGAGGACAUGGAGAGCACGGUGGAGGGAGAGGCGGAGGAGCGCAGGAGGGAGCACUGGAAGUUGCUGUCCAGCCUGAAGACCACAGUUGAGGGUCUCGUGUCCACCAACAACCCCAAUGUGUGGUCACGUUAUGGUGGCCUGCAGCGGCUCCACAAGGACAUGAACAACAUCCUCAGCCAUGGACUGAAGAAUGAGCAGGUGUACUACAAGCAGAGAGACUACUGGCCGUUUGUGUGGUGUGUUCGCUAUAUCAGCCCUCAACUCGCCUCACACGUUGAACAGUUCAGUCACCUGGAGCCGGUACUGAGCAGCGGGAUGCAGAGUGCUGGUGAAAGCUACAAGGCCGAGCGCUGGCUGCUUCACAGCUUACAGGUUCACAAGCUGUCCGCUCAGCUCCGACCUCUGCUCAGGCAUCUAGGCCAUAAACGUAAAUACUAUAAUGAUGAUGCCUUUCUGCUGAGUGAGCCCCAUGUGACCGCCAUGUUUCAGUGUCUGGAAGCUGUAGAGCAGAACAACCCCAAACUGCUAGCCCAAGUAGACACUGUUGGGCUGUCCCCUCUGAAGGGCCCACCAUGUCUGGGUCUGUUGAAGAGCCAGAGCCUGUGUGUGUUGCCAGGGGCUGGUGGGGCCUGGAAGAACCGUGACUCGGCCCCCCGAGGAGAAUCUCUAAACCGCAGACUCACCACCUCCAACUGUUCUCUGCGAGAAGCAGUCACCCCCAGCCACAAAUCCGGGAACACUACGGGAGUCGAAUCUCUAAUCAGCAACAGCAAAAAUACUACCUCUUCAGCUAGCAACCUGGGAGCUCCCUGGGUGUGUGUGUCCAGGCCAGGGGAGAGCGAGUGGGGUGUGACCCCCCCUCCUGGCCCUGUCUCGGUCCCUUCUAUCUCCCUAACAGAGUCUCCCACACCCAACUCCCUUCAGCCAGAGACCGCGGACUCUGGUGAUGGCGACUAUGAUGAUGGUCCAGAAUACUUGGCUAUCGGUAACCUGGGGCAACGCAGUCGCCGUGACUCCCAAAGCUCCACCCACAGUAGUGAGCACGGCGAGAACCCGGACCAGUCCCUUGAACGGAGUUCCCAGGCCUUGCCCCCACCCAGACGCUCAUCUUUUUCAGAGGGUCAGAGGGGGCCGGGCCGUGGGUCCCGAGGACACACCCGUUCCUUUUCCGACACUGGGAUCAAUCAGAAACUCAGGAAUGAGUCGGCAGGCGACGACUGCUGCAUGAAGGACUACAGCCCCUUCUCAACUCAGUGCAGUGAUUCCAGCACCCCCAGUUCCCUCUACAUGGAGUCUCAUGGAUCCCAGUACAGCAGUGUGUCAGAUGGGAUGUUCAGGAAGCCGUCGGAAGGCCAGAGCCUCAUCAGCUACUUGUCAGAGCAGGACUUUGGCAGCUGUGCUGACCUCGAAAAGGAGAACGCUCAUUUCAGCAUUUCAGAGUCCCUUAUUGCAGCGAUCGAGCUGAUGAAGUACAACCUGCGGCGUCAGGAGGAGGAGGGCGAGGAGGAGGGAGACAGCGACUGUGAGAUUCAGCAGCUCAAGCAGAAGAUCCGCCUGCGCAGGCAACAGAUCCGUCGCAGCCGCCUGCCGCCCUGCACGACGUCCCAGCACAUUUUUCACUCCACUGACAGCGGAGGCUCCAGGAGGAGCUCCCAGGAUUCCUACCAGGGCCUGUCUGACUCCGGCUCAGCUGAGGAGGUGGAGGAGUGUGAACUGAGAGAUGGCUGUGAGGGUCAGUCCCUGCUGGCGGUGUCACAGAACGGCCUCUCCCUGUCACUCGCCUCCCUCUUCUCAGAUGCAGACAUAAAGCGCAGUGUGAGCUCCAGCACCAGGUCUUUUCUCAGCUCAGAGUCCAUCUCUCCAUCCUUCCUCCAGUCUAACUCUGCUGAGUCAGUAGCCAUGGGUUUGCUCAGACAGUUUGAGGGCAUGCAGCUUCCUGCAGCCUCAGAGCUCGACUGGCUGGUCCCAGAACAUGACGCUCCACAGAAGCUCCUGCCCAUUCCUGACUCUCUGCCGAUCUCACCUGAUGACGGCGAACAUGCGGACAUCUACAAGUUGAGGAUUCGUGUCCGAGGCAACCUCGAGUGGGCACCGCCUCGACCGCAGAUCAUCUUCAACAUUCACCCUGCCCCUAAGAGGAAGAUAGUUGUGGCGAAACAGAACUACCGCUGUGCUGGCUGUGGUACCCGCAUUGACCCAGACUAUAUUAAGCGUCUGCGUUACUGUGAAUACCUCGGCCGUUACUUCUGCCAGUGCUGUCAUGAGAACUCCCAGGCGGUGGUUCCGGGCCGAGUGCUGAGGAAGUGGGACUUCAGUAAGUACUAUGUCAGCAACUUUGCCCGGGACUUGCUGAGCAAGAUUGCUGGAGACCCGCUGUUCAACCCCAAUGACAUCAACAGCGGCCUGUACAAGAAGAACAAAGCUCUGGAGGCUGUCAGGGUUUUGAGAGUGCAGCUGUUUCACAUGAAAAAUCUCUUCAAGACCUGUCGUUUGGCUAAAGAGGUGCUGGACCAGUUUGACAGCCUGCCAGGUCACCUGACUGAGGACCUUCACCUCUUCUCCCUCAAUGACCUCACCGCUGUGCGCAACGGGGAACUGGCUCCCCGAAUGAAAGAGCUGCUUAAACUUGGUACCUUGCACGUAGCUGGCUGUGUGCUGUGCCAGGCGAAAGGUUUUGUGUGCGAGUUCUGCGGCAACGACAAAGACAUCAUCUUCCCCUUCCAGUUGAACAAGUGCCAGCGCUGUGAAGAAUGUCAUGCAUGUUACCAUCGCAGCUGCUUCCGGACAGGUAAAGACUGCCCUCGGUGUCAGCGGCUGGCAGAGCGGAGAGAGAGGAUGGCACGUAAAAACAUGGAGGAACAAGAAGACGAGGGAGGUGGGACCUAGUGCUGGUAACUGAGGAAACUCGGAGACAAGAGAAGAAGAAAGAAGAGCACAACGCGACCAUGAUUGUAGAGACUGACCACCUCUCUUUCCGUUCCACUCCUCUCAGGCCUGGGUGACAAUACUCGCUGCAAACAGCUGUUGUGAUCUCAAUAGACUUCCAGAUGUGCAGUUAUUACCAUCAGUUGUGCCAGUGUCAUAUGAGUUAAAGAGGAACACAGCAACUGUUGAUUUUCAGAUUGAUUUUUUCUGCAAGCUCUUUUCACACAUGCUGUGAAUGAAUCCUGUUUGAACAAGAGUCAUUUUAACAUGAAAAUCAAGCGACUUUAAAGAAAAAAAAAAAAAAAAAAAAAAAAAA